AGUUAUACGUUGGUUUUAGCCGACAAGGCCCUUAAAGCUCAACACACAGCUCUUUUUUUCGUCCAAAAUAUAUUUAAAAAACAUCUGAUAGGGUUUUUGAAAAGUGAACUAGUGAUGGGACCUACAAAGUGUCUCAAUGAUAGUAGAGUUAGAUAAUGCACAAAAUAACCAAAGGUUUAAAAAAGAAGAAAAAAGGUAAAAAGUCUAAAAAAGGCGAAGAGGAACUAUUCAAACCCGAAGAAUUAGAAAACUAUCGUAAAGAGCAUCAGGGUACUAGCGAAGAACCGGCUACUCAAAACGAAGAGUGGAAAAAAUUCUUAGCACUUACAUCGGAAGUUGAUGAUAUUUUAAAGAAGACUCAAGGUGAUCUAGAUCGGAUCAAAAGCACUUCCUUUUUCCAGAGAAAACCAACACAGAGUGAAGUUAAAAAGUUCGAAGAAGAAAAAUUAGCACAAGAAAAGAAAGCCGAGGAAGCUAAGAAGGAAUUAGAGCCGCCCACUUCAGCUCAGUUAGGAAUCGUAGAAGUCUCUGAGUCAGAAUCAGAAGAGGAAGAAGAUGAUAAUAUUUUCGAUACAACUUAUAUUGACGCACUCGAAGCAGCGGAAGUAAAACUAGCAUAUAUACCAGAAUCGCCGACAGAACCCCUUGAUGGUGAUGAUCCAUUCGAUACUUCUGCAGCCGAGAAGGCUAUCCUAGGACCUGAAGCUGAAAGAAAAGGAAAAAAGCUCGUACCACUUGGAGCUGCUGUCGAAGUACUAACAGGAAGAGUACAGUUGCCUACUUGUGCCACUCAAAGACCAACGGCAAAUAAAAGACAAAUAUUGAAAGACAGAGACUUAUUACUGCAGAGUUUUGAUGAAACCAUACAACCCACUGGAGUAACUAAUGGAACUGUUCAAGAAAUUCCAAAAACACUUCUAGACGAAGAUCCUGUUGGACUUCCAGAUGGACCAAUUGAUUUAAAUAAUCCUAUACCAUUUCCACAAGCUCUCACAUCUGUAGCUGUUACAGAAACAAAAACAACAAAAGAAUCUUUGAAAAAGGAUAUUAUUUCUGAGUUUGAUGUUAUUGAUGGUGUAGAAGACGAGGACGAUCUUGAAUUUGAAGCUUUAGCAGCUGAAAGCUUAACGAAGAAAGUUAUUGUUUCUCAAAGUUUACCACAGAAUACUAUUUCUGCUACAGAACACAUUCAAUGGGGAGCAUUUGGAGAUAAUAAUAACGAAAAAGAACAAGAGGAUCGAGAAGAUGACCCAUUUGAUACAACAUUUGCAGAGAAAGUUGUUCCAGUAGUCAAAGACGAAGAAUAUAUUUCAACUACGAGCAAAAAUAUUUGGAGCAAUAACGAGAGAAUUUAUGCAAGUGAGUUGAAUCUCAUUAAACCAGAAGAUCGUGACUUACUUGGUGGAAGCAACAAUAAUUUAGCAAGUGGUAUUUUAUCUACAAAACUAGCAUUCAAAAGUCCAGGUUCAGGUGAUUUGAGUGAUGAUGACUUUGAUCCCAGAGCCGAUGAAAAAUCAAGAGAAAGAACUUUAUCACGACCAGAUGUACUGACUAUAGCCGGAUCUAAAACAGUUUCAUUUGAUUUACCUUCACCGAAUCACAGCUCUUUGAACGUUGAACCAAAGAUUAUCAAGCCAUUAACUCCAUUUUAUACCAGAAAGGCGUCUAUCCCUGAAUUAUCGAUAGCUGACGAUCCUUUCGAUACAUCAUUUGCUUCUAAUGCUGCACCAGGAAAAGCAGAGCUACGAAUAAUCGAGAGCGAGCUAAUCAAUUCGACCCCAACUUUGAACAAUAACUUCAAUUCAAAAGAAGAAGCCCAGAAAAAAAUAGAUGCUGUAGUUAAUACAAUUAAGGAUAAAUCUAAACCUAAACUAUCGACUGUAACAGAUUCAUUAGAUUUACUAGUUACUGACAGUGACAUACCUGUGAAGGUAUUAACACCUGGAGCAUCUAUAGACGAUUCUGACGUAAUUAGCUACCGUGACCCAUUCGACACUUCUAUUGCAUCGAAUAUUCUACCAGGUAAAACUGAAUUGAAGUUACUCGAAACUGAACUCAUACAUACAGACCAGAAGAAUAAGAUAUUAGAAAUAAAAUCCACAGAUUUACUAGUACACGAUGAGGACGAAGUAAUUGAGAAACCUUUGUCACCUUCAUCAGACGUCAAAAUUUCACCAGGUAUUGAUAGUAGGGAAGAUUACGAUCCUUUUGAUACUAGUUGCGCUAUAGAUAUACAGCCAGGACGAGCUGAAUUGAAACUUUUGGAACUAGAGUUCAUUCAAAAUGGCUGCUAAUCCAUUUUUAUUUAGCGAGGAGCCUUAUGUUUCUCCCAGCACAGCUGGUUCCAAUCCUUUUUUGCUUGACGAUCACGAUGACGAUUCGGGUAAUUUGGGAGAUAAUCCAUUCCUAUCCCAAACAGCUACAACUAUGUCUACAACUAAUCCUUUCAGUUUUGACCCAAUGGAACUGGAACCAGCAGAAGCUGAAGUACCAGUUAUACAACAAAAUAAUGAUCCGUUUGAUAACACAAUACAGUAUUCUAGAACUGAACCAAUUAACAAUGAACCAGUAUUACUACCGGAUACUCCGAAAAAACCAGUGGAUUUGGAUUUGAAGUAUACAUUGCAAGCAAGUCCAAAUGGUCCUCCAAGACCCCCUCCACCUAGAUUACCUCCUUCAAAAGAAACCCAGGACUUACUUAUGUCUGUCAUGGGUGCAAUGGAUGCUACCAGCUCUUCGCUUCUUGGAAAAAUUCCUCCUACAAGAUCACCCAGCCCAGUCAAUAUGAGAGAUUUACACUCCCCUAGUCCUACACCCGAUCCUGGAUGCAGGGAUCUUCUUGACGUAGACGAAAAACCACAAGCUUCGAAUCAAGAAGUUCAGAAUUCUUCCGAAGCAGAUCUAUUCUCUUUAGAUCACGAUACUAGCUGUGAUAUCAACCAAAAUCCUGCUGUUCAGUUUGACCAACAAACUUGUAUCCAAAAAGAAUCAUUUAUUGAAACUAAAUCUACAGCACACAACGAACCUAUGGUACAAGAUCAAUCAAAACGGCUUCCACCACGACCGUCUCCUCCAGUGCGUCCUCCAAAGCCCCCACUUCCGGCAUCGCUAAUACAAAAAAAGGAACAGCACGUUGUACCGACUUUAGAAGAUAUAGAUAUGUUUGGGGUUGAGGAACCUCCAAAGAAAAAAGAAGUUUCCGAUAUUCUCAAUUUAUAUAACGCUCCAAAGCACGAGCCAGUCAAAGAUCUAUUAUCUGACUUGAUCAUGGAGACUGAAAUGUCUUCUCAACCAGAUUUGAUAUCGUCCACUACGGAAACAAAUAAACCUGUUGAUAAUAUGAAUAAAGUAUUUUCCCCCGAGUUGAAGGAAAACGUAGUACCAUCAGAUCAUUCUCAAGAAGAUUUUCAAAUGGAUUUAAGUAACAGCCACAGUAAAUGCUCUAUUUCUAGCACAACAUUGAACCCCUUUGCACCAAGUGAAGAUAUAAUUGAUCAAAA